ACAAUCGACAUUGCUUAUUUCACCGCUCGCCAUCGUCGCACGCGGACGCCGCGAGUCAGCUCUCGCUUUUGACGGCCACGCGUUGUUUACAACAGUCGAGUGUAAUAACAGUGAUAAUAAAAAUGCCGUUUUUUAUUCUAUUACUUUUAAUUGUACUGUGUUUAGUGUUAUUGUUAACAAUUCUUCAUUAUACGUCUAAUGGAAGAAAGUAUUGGUUUUUAAGAAAUGUGCCUUAUAAAGAACCGUGUCCCAUUUUCGGAAAUUUUGGUGCUACUCUAACAAUGAGGCGCAGCUAUACAAGCAUGUUACAAUAUUUUUAUGAUUUUUAUAAGAAUGAGAAAUAUGUUGGGAUUUUUCAAGCUCGGAGACCCACACUGUUCUUGAUAGACAUAGAUAUUGUUAAAAGUAUCCUAUCGAAAGAGUUCCAGAGCUUCAGCGAUCGUAUAUCGGUCUCAACAGACACGAAAAGAGAACCCCUACUCAGAAAUUUGGCAAAUAUGAGUGGAGCUGAAUGGAAAGCGAUGAGACAUAUAGUUACCCCAUCAUUUUCGUCUGCAAAAAUGAAAGCUAUGUUCCCAUUGAUUGCGGAAUGCGCGAAUGGUUUCAAGGGAGCACUGAACCUGGAGCCGAUAGACGAAAUCAAUGUCCCACAAUUAAUGAGCCGGUUCACCACCGAUGUGAUAGGCAGUUGUGCAUUUGGCGUGGACCCUGGAUCGAUGAAGAAUCCCGAAUCGCCAUUUCUAGUUAUGUCUCAGAAAAUGUUUAAGACAGAUCGCUCCACUAUACUUAAAAGAUACUGUCGAACAUUUUUUCCAUGGCUAUUUAAGUUUUUGAAUCUCAAGACAUAUCCGAUAGACGUUGAAGUGUUUUUUACUGAUAUCAUAAACCAAGUGUUGACAGCCAGACGCACCACGGGAGUUCAGAGGCAUGACUUUUUGCAGCUGAUGUUGAACGUACAAAAAACAGAGAAAGAAUUUUGUAUGACGGAUGAGCUGAUAACAUCAAAUUCUUUUAUCUUCAUGCUCGCUGGAUUGGAAACAUCUGCCACCACGUUAUCAUUUUGUUUGUAUGAGCUGGCUAAAGAUUUCGAUUUGCAGACUAAACUGAGGACCGAGAUUAGAGAAUGCUUGGAAAGGUAUAGUGGUUUGAAUUAUGAUGCGGUCUGUGCGAUGCGGCUGGUGAAUCAAACUGUGAUGGAGACUUUGAGAAUGUAUCCACCCACUCCUCUCACAACGAGACUGUGUACGACUCCUUGCACUCUGGAAGGAACAGAGCUUAGUUUUAAGAAGAGAGAUGCAGUGCUCAUUCCUUUGUAUUGUAUACAGAGGGACGCUAGAUAUUUCCCCGAUCCGGAUAAAUUCAAUCCAGAACGUUUUGGCGAAGGUGCAAAUCCUCAAGCGUUUUUAGCGUUUGGUGAUGGACCAAGAAGUUGUCCCGGAGCGCGUUUCGGUCAACUUACAGUAGUAGCCGGUCUCACGGGAAUCCUCAGUAACUUCGUUGUUGAACCAUGUUCUAAAACCACAUCCACUAUUCAAUUUGAUCCGCGAAGCGUUAUGCUCAAAAACAAAGGUGGCAUAUGGUUACGAUUUAAACCAAUAUGAGUUAUACAAAGUGCCAUGCCUUUACAGUAUUGUAGAAUUAAGCUAAAUUUGAGCUGUUUUUGUAUUUAUCAGCUGCUUAAGAAAUUUUAUGAACAAUUUUACAGCGUUGUGCUGUUUUUUGUACUUAGGCUGUUUUGACGUGUAUAAUAAUUGUGUAAUAAAUUAUUUAUAAUAAAAUAUAUUAAUUAAUUUUAUUAUAUGUAUGCUUGAAAUUAAAAUUUCACACUUCUGAUAAAAACUAAGUACUUUUAAACAUAAUCAAUUAUGCAAAUUGAUGUUUUUUUGCGGUUUCAGAUAUUAAUAAAUACAUUAUUACAUAUUUAUAUUGCUUCAGAGAUUAGUAUGAACUUGGCUUGGCCGCGCCUCGUUUUCGCCGAGACUUUGACCGUCUUACAAUAAAGUCUCUGUAUAUCAGUCUUAAUACUUAUUUGUAAAAGUACUUAGCCACAGAUGGCAAUUGAUUCUUCAUAAAUUUGUGCACGUAAUUAAGAUUUUAGAUAUAUAUUUUUCAUGGUACAAAUAAACAAAUACUUUUCAAAUUUCGAAUAUAUUUUAUAAAUUCAAACUUAUUAAAAAAAUAAAUAUAAGUUUCUUUAUUGGUUAAAGACUAAUGCAAUGUAUUUAAGGUAUUAAUUAAGUCAAACAAAGUUAUUUGCUUAGAAUGUUUAUUCCACGUUAUUUGCUAUACAAAUAUAAUUAGUAUAAGGUAAGAUGUGUGAAAAGGAUUCCGAUUUAACGAUUGGAUGCUCUUGGUCUUCCAUUCGCAUUUAUAUCAUUAUCAUCAUACACAGUCCCUUGUACUUAGCCUCCUCAAGUAUAUUUCGCCAUCGCAAUCUAUAUCGUGCUUCUUGCGUCCAGAUUCAAUACCUUUAGCUUCCAGGUCCUUGACCACUCCAUCCCACCAAUGCAGCCUCGUUCUACCGGGUUUUCUCUUGCUACCAGUUUGAGAGAUCAGUAAGGAUCUUGGAGUUUAUCGUCCGCCAUUCGGUGCACAUGUCCCAACCAUUUGAGCCUGUUGCAUUUUAUGAUUUGGACGAUGUUGCCGUUGUCAAGGAUGUUAUAAUUCUUAUAUACGCCAAACACCGUCAUCGCAGACAAGGCCAAAGAUUUUUCCAAGAAUCUUCUGCUUGAAAAUAAGAAGAACAAGCUCGUCUCUCUGCUAGGAGCCCAGUUUAAGAACCAUAACUUAGCACUGGUGGCAGUAGAGUUUUGUAUAGAUUCGCAUUUGUAUAUCGUUGCUAAUUUAUAAAUGAGGUCUUUGGUAGAACACGAUAAUCUCUGAAAGUAUUGAUACGAAGCUUAAUAUUAUUUUACGAACGUAUUCACGUAAGUACCGAGAGGCUACUUUUGUUUUAGUUUUUGUAUUCACAGCAAGAACUUGAAUAAAAACCAUUUAUAAUACGAGUUACGGCAAUAUUCAAGGCGAUAUAUAUAUAUUUACAUAACAACUGCGUAUUUACGUUGCAUUAUGUCUUAAUAUAAAAAACUUAAUGUAUAUGUACUUAAUGUUAAUGUGUAAUAAAAGAUUCUGAAUUUUUAA